AUCUUUGACACCUGGGUAAUGUAGUCCACACACCGGUUACUUGUGUGGACUAUUGCUAGUGGAAAAAUACAUUAUCCAGCGGCGGCCACUGUACGAUCAAGCACAAGAUACGCAAGGAGGUGCGGUUGACACACCACAGGCAAGCUUGCUCUGUCAGUGCUGAUUGUUAGGUGAUUUUACAGGAGCCAUGAACUACGCUCGGUUUUUGACAGCUGUCAGUGCAGCUCGGAAGCCCUCACCUAUCCGAAUGUUAACUGAAAUCCAGCAAAGGUCACCCCCAUCCAUGAUCUCCUUGGCCGCAGGGGCUCCCAACCCCAACACCUUCCCCUUCCAUUCCUGCUCCAUCCAGGUGAAGAACGGGGAUAUGAUCACCUUCGACGAGACCAUGAUGAAGAGGGCUCUGCAGUACUCUGCCUCCAGCGGAAUCCCGGAGCUGUUGACUUGGAUGAAGGCCCUUCAGAAGAACCUUCACAACCCUCCUACAGCCAACUACAGCGCUGAGAAGGGCAAGAUGGACAUGUGUGUUACUACAGGCAGCCAAGAGGGUCUCUGCAAGGUGUUUGAAAUGCUUGUAAAUCCCGGAGAUAACGUUCUCCUGGACGCGCCCACGUAUUCUGGAACUCUCGCUGCACUCCAGCCAUUGGGAUGUAACCUGAUCAAUGUGCCCAGUGAUCAGCACGGUAUGAUCCCGGGUGGGCUGAAGGAGGUGCUGUCCCGCUGGGACCCGGCAGAUGUCCACAAGCCACACAGCACCAUACCCAGGGUACUCUACACAAUCCCCAAUGGAGGAAACCCCACCGGGGCCUCCAUGACCACCCAGAGGAAGAGGGAUGUCUACGAGCUUGCCAGGCAGUAUGACCUCCUUAUUAUUGAGGACGACCCCUAUUACUUCCUACAGUUUGACAAGCCUUGGGCUCCCACGUUUCUCUCCAUGGACGUUGACGGGAGAAUCAUCAGGACAGACUCCUUCUCAAAGAUCCUGUCGUCAGGGCUGAGGAUAGGCUUUGUGACUGGGCCCAAGCCGCUGGUGGACAGAGUGGUACUACACAUCCAGGCUUCUACAAUGCAUACCAGCACCUUCACACAGCUCAUGGUGUCCCAGCUGCUGCAUGGCUGGGGUCAAGAAGGCUUCCUCAACCACGUAGAUGGAGUGAUUGAGUUUUACAGAACACAGAGAGAUGCCAUGCUCUCCUCUGCAGACAAGUGUCUCAAAGAUGUGGCAGAGUGGCACGCCCCAGCUGCAGGCAUGUUCCUGUGGAUCAAGGUGAAGGGCGUCGCAGACACCCAGAAGCUGAUCAUGGAGAAGGCUAUGGAGAAGGAGGUGCUGCUUGUCCCUGGAGGUGUAUUCAUGAUCAACAGCUCAGACCCGUGUCCUUAUGUCAGAGCGGCCUUCUCCCUCUCCACACCGGAACAGAUCGAGGAGGCUUUCAAGAGGAUCUCUGCACUCAUCAAGGAAUCUUUGUGAGGAGCACAUCAGCUACCAACUGGACGACAAACUAUUUUCAUUGGCAGAGAUCUUUUAAAAAAUUUUUUUACAAAAUCACUAGCUUUUAUUAGUCGCAUGUACGGGAUACACCGCCCGACGAAAUGCUUAUUUGCAGGGUCCUUCUCGACAAUGCAACAACCAUAAGAAAUAAUACAAUAUAAAGAAUAUGAACAUUAAUGGCUCGGUAGAAUAGAAGAAAUGUUUUAGCAUAAGUUUAAUACAGGAAGGCACAAUUUAUAGUCUAUAGUAUUUACCAAUCAUAAGACUUUGGUAUCUGUGUGUGUGUGUGUGUGUGUGUGUGUGUGUGUGUGUGUGUGUGUGUGUGCUCCGAUACCGUCUGCUGUUGGCCUUCCUCCGGCACCGCUUUGAGUAGAUGCCCUGGAUGGGUGGGAGCACAGUACCAGUGAUGUACUGGGCCGCCUUCACCGCCUGCUGGAGGGCCUUGCGGUUGUGGACAGAGCAAUUCCCGUACCAGGCCGUGAGGCAACCAGUCAGGGCGCUCUCAGUGGUGCAGCGAUAGUAUUUGGAGAGGACCCAGGUCUCAUGCAGAAUUUCUUCAGCCGCCUUAGGAAGUAGCGACGCUGUUGCUUCCUCUUGACAAGAGUGGUGGUGGUGUUGGUCCACUUCAAGUCCACAGUGAUGUGGACGCUGAGGAACUUAAAACCAGCUGACUACUGCAGUCCCGUUGAUGUGGAUCGGGGCAUGUUCCCUCUGCUUCCUGAAGUCAGCAAUCAAUGCCACAAACUUGAAUCACCUGCAAUCACAAAGAUACAUAUUUACGUCAGACAAGGUACGCAUGUUGCCUUGGAGAUGACUGUGAAUGUAAUCACCGUUUUGCAGUCCUUGGUCUAGCGUGGUAGCUAACACUGUGUCACACUAUUUACAACUCUACAACUAAAUCAGCAUUACUUGAGCCGAGCAUUUCUGAACACCAAAACGUUCAUAGUUUUUAACUGAAAUGUUAGACAGUAUGUACGCUGAACAAAAAUAUAAAUGCAACAAAUUCAAAGAUUUUAGUGAGCUGGGAAUUGUCCCAAUCCUCUUCAAUGGCUGUGCAAAGUUUCUGGAUGCUGGCGGGAACUGAAACACACUACUGUCGUACAUAUCGAUCCAGAGCAUCCCAAACAUGCUCAAUGGGUGGGUUAGUAUGCAGUCCAUGGAAGAACUGGGACAUUUUCAGAUUCUAGGAAUUGUGUACAGAUCCUUGCGUCAUGGGGCCGUGCAUUAUCAUGAAACAUGAGGUGAUGGCGGCGGAUGAAUGGCAUGACAAUGGGCCUCAGGAUCUUGUUACGAUAUAUCUGUGCAUACAAAUUGCCAUCGAUAAAAUGCAAUUGUGUUCAUUGUCCGUAGCUUAUGCCUGCCCAUACCAUAACCCCACCGCCAUAUGGGGCACUCUGUUCACAACGUUGACAUCAGCAAACCGCUCACCCACACAACGCCAUACACGUGGUCUGCGGUUGUGAGGCCGAUUGAACGCACUGCCAAAUUCUCUAAAAAGACGUUGAAGGCGGCUUAUGGCAGAGAAAUUAACAUUCAAUUCUCUAGCAACAGCUCUGGUUCACAUUUCCGCAGUCAGCAUGCCAAUUGCACGCUCCCUCAAAACUUGAAUCAUCUAUAGAAUUGUGUUGGGUCACAAAAGUGCACAUUUUAAGGUGCACCUGUGUAAUGAUCAUGCUGUUUAUUUAGCUUCUUGAUAUGCAACACCUGUCAGGUAGAUGGAUUAUCUUGAUGAAAGACAAAUGCUCACUAACGGGGAUAUAAACACAUUUGUGCACAAAAUUUGAGAAAAAUAAGCUUUUUGUGUGAAUGGAACAUUUCUGGGAUCUUUUAUUUCAGCUCAUGAAACAUGGUACCAACACUACAUGUUACGUUUAUAUUUUUUGUUCAGUAUGCAUUUGUAAAGAUUAGAGAAAAUGUAACAGUUGAUUGAUCCAUGCACUGUUAUAUUGUCAUGAUUUUUGGUGAGGGAAAGUAAAUUAAAAGAUUUUCUUACAGUGUG